UGACGGCGAAUUUCCUUUUAAGAAGGAUAGUGUAUUUGCUGAGGUAGAAGGGCUAAAUUUGUGACAACCUCCAAAUGGAUAAUGGGAAUUACGCGAAGACUGAUGCCAUUCCAAGUUUACAACUGUUCAACUGCGUUCACCCAGACUGCGCAGCAACCUUCGUCAGAGAAUGGCGUUUGAAAGAACACGAAACCAUACACACUGGCGCGCGGCCUCUACAAUGCCAGGAGCAAGGUUGUAGCCGCCGUUUCUCCAGGAAAUCCCAUCUGACCCGGCAUAAACUCAGCCACCGUGGGGAGAAAACGCUCAGAUGUACCUACCUGAAUUGUGCCAGACGUUUCUUCAGUAAGGAUAACCUGAAGAGGCACGUCCGAUAUAACCACGAUGACAAGGACAAGUACUUCAAGUGUCAUUUCCAAGACUGCGCUCUGACGUUUCGGAAACGCAAGGCUUACAAGACGCACCUGGCUACACACGGCAUUGCUUCUAAUUUCAAGUGCCUGAAGGAAGGGUGUGGAGCAAAGUUUGAGACUGCUGCGGCUCGCCGAUCCCAUGAGAAGACCCAUGCAGGGUACCCCUGUCCUCAGCCUGGCUGCCAGAUGGUGGCACGCACCUGGGGGAAACUGCAGGAGCACCUUCUGGAGCACCCCAGCGCCACUCACACUUGUAAAGAGUGCCCGAAAAAGUUCAAGAACCGGGCAGCCCUGCGGUCCCACAGGCGCUCCCACGCCGCGCAGAAGCCCGUGCUCAUGUGCCCCAGCGACGGAUGCCAGGCCUGCUUCUCCACCACCUUCAACCUGCAGCAUCACAUCCGCAAGGUGCACCUGCAGCUGCUCAAGCACCGCUGCUACUUCCCCGGCUGCACCCGCACCUUUGCCAUGCAGGAGAGUCUGCACAGGCACAUUCUGCACCACGGUCCAGAUGCAGGAAAGUUAAAGCAGCAGAAACGGCAGCGGUCCAGUAAGAGUUGGCAGAAGCGCCUGGAGAGGCGGCACCAGCCCCCCCUGGUGGAGGACGACCUGCGGCGCCUCUUCACCCAGCAGAUGAGUUUCCCUCGCCGGGGGAAGCUGGAGGCGAACCUCUCCUGCCUCUUCAACGAGCGCAAGAUCCCGCGCCACGUGGACCCCGAGGUCAACCUGCGCGACCUCUUCAGCCUCAAGCCGCCCCGCCCGCUGCGGUCCGAAGCGCUGAUCCCUCUGCCCACGUGUUAAACUCAAAAUGGCCACAUUCAUUCUAUAAAUGUACCUUUUGGACUAUCAUUUGUUAAUGUAAGGUACAUUUGAAAAGGACUUGAGUUUGUUUUACAAUUGCAAGGAUGAAAAUCUGUUUAAUUUGCUGUACAGCAUUUCUGUAUCAAAUCAAUUUGUGUCAAUUUGAGUAAGAUUCCUUGCUUGGUCAUUUGUUAAGUGAAUAUAUUAAAAGAAUGUACAGCAUUUCA